AAUGGGAUCCUACGCUUACGAAUCCAACAAAAUGGAGGAGCUCUUUGAUUAUGGGCCCGACUUGCUUUCUGAUAGAGCCUCGUUUCAAGCACUUAUUGAUGAGCUAUAUCCGACAGACACCAUAAUGCAAUUAGACGUUGAGUUUAGCAGCCGUGGAACCUCACCGCGCGGACCUGAUACACCUCCCUCCUCUACUGGUGGUGGUCAGGAAGAAGUUGCUAAUAUGGAGGCGGAGCACGAACAUCAAGCCUUUGCUCAGGGAGCACUGAUGACAGAGAUGCUUGCCGGGAUAAGAGGAUCCACCCCUAACGAUUCGAUGAGGUCAGGCUCCAAUGUCUACCAUGAUCCGAACACGAUCGAGUCAUCCUUCCAUGAUCCUUAUUUGGGCGGCGUACCAUCAUCCUCCCACAGUCAAAUGCCAGCUUACACCUGGGAAAGCUUUUCUGAAAGACCUUUCCAGUACGGAACUGUCUACGGCACCAACUUUUCAUGGACUGAUCCUGCUGCCGUCAAUUUCAACAACGCAAACCCUUUCUAUGCCCCCAGUGCUCAAAUACUUCUCAAUCCAGCAGCUUUCAUUCCCAGGAUGCCACUUCCUCGUGUUCCUCUUGUUCAGAACUCUACUGCAAACGUAGAUCAUCAGCCUAUUACCGGACAAGUUUCGAUGCCCUUGGCCAUUCUGCAACCUGAUGAUGUAUUGGCUAGAUACCGAGACUUAUCCUCACAGGAUGUCAUGAUGAUCCAUGCAGGAUAUCAGUUCAAUAACAAUCCAGCAAGACACUCCAGCUUUGAUGUACUGGAACAGCCCGCCAUCAGUAUCAGUCAUCAUGACGAGGCUUCUCUUGUACCACAGCAGCUACCUAUUGGAAGCGAAAAGAGCCCCUUCGUUUCUGCAGAGAACACUGAUACCAACCAGGCAGCCCAUCUGCCGAUAAGGAACAACUACCGAGAUAGAGAGCAGAACAACUCUAGGUCUCCAGAAAUCACACGGCGAGGCAUGACAUCCAGGCCUUCGUCAUCCCGCGGUUCGAGCCCAAGACCUGCACACAAAGGAGGACGUUCAGGUGGUCUCGACGGCAAUACACGAGCACACGCCAACCAGAUGCGGAAAGUGGGAGCUUGUUGGAUAUGUGCCUUCCAAAGAGACCAGUGUGAUCCAGGAAGCCCUUGUACCAGGUGUCAAGACCGAAGUGUUAGGGGUUCAUUGCAUAUGUUGCCCUGUUCACGUAUACACCUCCAAGACCUGGUCCACCAAUUCCUUCCUGCUACGAUGAACAGACAACACCGCCGUGAGGAGAUUCUGUCAUUCGCUAAGAAGAGUUUGGGCUUCUGGAGGGCCGAUGCUCCCAUCCAGGUCAACUUGACUUCCCUCGGUAUGGGUCACUUUACCUGGGAUCUACACGAGUACGAGCCAUCCUCUCAGGAUCUGUUGCUGCAGAAGCGAUACAAGGUUGGUAUUGCUGGGACCUGGCAGCGUAUAGAGAAGAGGUCACCACCACUAGCCCUCAAACAAGUCAACUUCAGCCAAAGCCACAGACUGGAAGAGUAUGUGGAUGAUAUCGUGGAUCAGUAUCUUGAGAUGUUCCAGGAGCAAGCAUAUUAUGGAGAGGAAGACUCGUGUGCCAUGUUCCAGAAUGAACUCCUCCGAGCUUUGUGCAGUCUUUACACUAGUCUACCCGACGGAGACGAUAAAACACUCAAAGGUGACCUCCGCCACGUCCUCCGAAUGCUCAUCUUGACGUGUAUCAUGGACCACCCCAUCACGAUUUCCGACACCUUCCUUCCCACCACAAUUUCCUCGAUGCACUCCUACAAUAACCCUCACCUCUAUACCUCUUGGACCUCACCCUUCCUCGCGAACCGCCAACUCAAGUACUUCUUUGCCGAGAUGCAAACACAGCAAUACAACCGCACUCUCAACCGCCUGCACCAAAUCCUCCGCAAAGCAGGCGACAAGAACAAACUCUGGAUGUCAUCGUUUGUCUUGAUGCUCGGCAUCGGGACAGUGCUAGAGAGUUGCCAGCACUUGCUUUGGAUCAAGGCCGAUGCCAAGAUUGCACGCAAAGAGAUGUCGGCUAUAGACGCAGAAUGGGAAGCUCGCACCCACUGCCAGGANAUGGAUGACGGGUACGAGUUUCUGUGUAAACUGUACCAUUGCAAGUAUCGCGGCAAGCAUCGGCAAAAGACGAGAUACGAGGAGUUGAAGAACAAGACGGGCAGUAGAGCAGAACAGGCGUUUGCGGACCGCAUCUAUGAGAUUGUGGAUAGGAAUGGGGCGUACUUGUUGCACCGGCAGAAUUCGACGAUCAAUGGUAUGCAGGAGAAUUCGCAUGCUUCUAGGUUGGUUGCGAGGUUUCUUGUCGAGUUGAUGGGGUUGACGCAGUCGUCUCCU